AUGGAAGUGUCUAGAGCAAAAUCAGGGCAAUCAAGUCCGUCUAUUAUGACACAUGCGGUAAAUCUACGUCCGAGAAUUGAUCCUCCCCUGCCACACUCUGCUUCUGGGAAUCUUUCUUGGCUGGCAAUUGCACCAGCACCGUCGACAGAUCAGCUGCAGGAUUUGGUAAAUGCAAUCAGAAAUGCAGUGAAGAAGAUAGACAAGGAUUACACGAGGGAGAUGCGAGGGGGAAAUGGGAUUUCCUUGAUGAGUGAUUUUCUUGAGCAAAUUGGAGAAUUGGUGCCAGAAAAUGUGGAAAUAUACAGGUUUGUUAGUUGGGCUAACUUGCAAAAUUAUGAAGCUGAUUUUGGGUGGGGAAAGCCUGUUUGGGAAAGUACUGCUGGGUUUCCGUUCAAGAAUGUCAUAAUCUUCAUUGAAACAAGAGUCGGCCAUGGUCUUGAAGCUUGGGUGAGCUUGGAUGGGCAUGACAUGACCAUUUUCGAGAACAACCUACAGCUGUGUUCAUUUGUUUCCUCGAUUGAUCAGAAUGUUUAA